AUGGCAGACACAGAUUCACGCCGCGAUUAUGGAGGAGGAGGCGGUGGUAGAGGUGGUGGCUACCGCAAUGACAGGAGAUCAGGAGGCUUCAACAAGCGCAAACGUGGAAGAGAGGACGACGACUUCGACCAAGGCUACCCCAAUCACCGCCCUCGAGGUGAUGCACCACCAGGAACGCGCAUCCGCAAAGGCCUCCUCGAGAUCGCCGAAGACCCCCUCCGUCUCCCACACGAAGUGGCGCAGAACCUCGCCAAGCUCACAGCCGACAACUAUGAGGACGAAUAUGUGAAGGACAUCUUCGCCACCGUCGCACUCAAGCUCAUCGUCGAACAGCCCUUUAAGAUCCCCUUUGUGGCCGCAGUAGUGCUGUAUGCCAAUGCAGAAAAUGCCGAGGUUGCCAGGGAUGCUAUUGCGAAGACUGUGCCGCGCCUGCAGGAGUAUUUGGAGGCUGGGCAGUGGAGGGAAUUCAAGCUUGUCCUGAGGUUUCUGGCAUGUUUGAGCCCACUGUAUGAGGAGGAUGCAAUCUCGCCGAUCUUGGAUCAGUUGUUCGAUCGUGCGGUGGAUCUGCAGACGGCUUCGCAGGACGAUACACUCGGUCUAGAGUUGAUCAAGGUCAUCUUGCUUACCGUCCCAUACCUGCUAGCCGCCAACAACGACGAGACCUUACGACAGACUGUGAGUGACCUACUCAGUCGCACGGACAUUGUGGCGUCCACGCAGAGCCCGAUCGAGCCGCUUGUCGAUCCUUACCCGGACAAUAAUGCCCAAGAUGAGAAGGCGAUGCCUUGCGCAAGCACCAUCUCCAUGCUGCAGCGUCAGCUCCAGGAAGAAGAGGCAAAUGGCUGGCCUCUGAAAUGUAUCCCGCGUGUUUACGACCCCACACUGAAGCCCGUCAAAGCUAAUGGCGACGGCGACCUCGAGAUCGAAGCGAAUGGCAACGGCGAGACCAAAACACCUACCAAGCACACUUUCCCAGGCAUCAUAGUGCCAGCGACUGUCAAUACCGGCCCACGAGCACUGUUCCCGGAUCUGUACUUCUCCCUCUACGCCGACCAGGAGGUCGAGUCCGUGCCACCAACCACCAACAUCGCCAGCUGUAUCGUGCGCGACGCCAUCGUUGACACAAUCAACAUCCUCGACUUCAACCGCAACGCCACGGCUCGCUUCCUGAACGAGAUAGACUGCUAUUGGGCACCAGACACUUUCGUUAAACGCUCUACCGCCUUCGACAAGCUGCGCGACAUACAGGCAGCGGGCAAGCCGACAUGGAAACCCGAGGACGUCGCUAUCGAUGCCAUCUUCUCACAGGUCUUUCAGCUACCCACCCCUGAGCAUCGACUAGUCUACUACCAUUCCCUGAUCACAGAGUCCUGCAAGAUCUCUCCAGGUGCUGUCGCACCUAGUCUUGGUCGUGCGAUCAGGUUCCUGUUCCGCAGUGUGGAUACCAUGGAUAUGGAGCUCGGGUAUCGUUUCAUGGAUUGGUUCGCUCAUCAUCUGAGUAAUUUCGAGUUCAGAUGGAAGUGGGCUGAGUGGAUCCCCGAGCUGACUCUCUCCGACCUCACACCCAAGAAGGCCUUCAUACUCGGCACACUGGAGAAAGAAAUCCAACUCUCCUUCGCCAAACGCGUCCGCGAUACGCUGCCCGAAGACUACCACCCUCUCAUCCCCACGAGCAAAGAGAACGAGGUCCCAAAAUUCAAGUACGAUGACGAGAACACACCUUACGCCAAAGAAGGCCGCGAGGUCUUGACUAUGCUGAAGAAGAAAGCUCCGGAGGCCGAUGUCCAGACUGUAUUGGACAUCGUCCGCGAUCAGGCCCUCGCUCACGGUAUCGAAGAUCCACUGGUCCCGAUUAUGGACAUCUAUAUGACGUCCAUCCUCUCCAUCGGUUCGAAGAGCUUAUCGCACGUCCUUUCCACCAUCGACCGCUGCAAAGACCGCCUACUAGCCGUCGGCCCACAAUCCGAAGCCGCGCGCCGUCAAAUCAUCACCUCUGUUAUGAACUUCUGGGCCGAUCACCCAGGCACAGCGGUGAAUCUCGUCGACAAACUCCUGAACUACACCAUCGUCACACCCAUGUCCGUAAUCCAAUGGGCACUCCAAGACCACAUGGAUCGUGGGCGUGCUCUCGCGAACCUUCGGACUUAUGAGCUGGUGUUCCUCACCAUGUUCAAAGUCACGAAUCGUGUCCGUCAGGUCGUGCGGGAAAGGAAUAAUAUGACUUUACCUUACUCCCAGCGUCAACAAAUUGAUGAGGCGCUGCCGAGGGAGAGGGAGGGCAUGAGGGAUCUUUUCGCCGCUAUUGAGGAUGCGGUAACGGGUGUGGCGGCUGGGGCGCAGGAUGAGAUGGUGGAGAGGUUCGAGGGUGGGGAGGCAGAGGAGGAGCUGGUGAAGAGGUGGGGGGUGAGGUGGACGAGGGUGUGGAAGAGGAAGAAUGCUGUUGAGGAGGCGGUGGUGGGGGAGGGUUUUAUUGGGGAGUUGGUCGAGGGGGAGCUGGAGUUGGAUGUUGUUGGGCAGGAGGAGGAGGCGGCGGUGGGAGAAGAGUAUGGGGAUAUGGAUCAGGUUGCUUGA